AUCUGUGGCCCGAAACAGUGCCUGACUGAAAAUCGGCUUCUCAGCUCGCGUUCAUUUUGACGCAUGUAGCUACGAGCGCAAUCGUGGGGAAGACUUGGUUCCCAUUGCUCGUGACUGCCCGUUUGUAGGGGGAAUCAUAAUAAUUUGAGUUAUACAGAUCUUUUGCUAAGUGAAGAGAAGAUGGACCCGCGGAAAGUACAUGAGUUGAAGGCCUUCGUGCAGCUAUGCAGCGACAAUCCCUCCGUUCUGCACCUACCCGAACUCGCCUUUCUCCGGACCUGGCUGCUGGAGAUGGGUGCUACUAUCCCUCCACUGAAGACAAACGACGUGCCCCCCUCUUCUUGCAAGGGUUGCCCGUGCCCUGGAGCAGCAGCUCCUCCUCCGCCGACUUCAGCCGGGGAACCGUCACCCCCAUCGGAGAGCGAGGAGAGCGAGUUGGAGAUUGACAAUGAGGGAGUGAUUGAGGGAGAUAUGGAUGAACCCCAGGAGAUGGGAGACUAUGAGAACUUAGAGGUAACUGACGAGAUGAUGGACCAGGCUAACGAGAAGAAGAUGGAGGCCAUUGGGGCCCUUGGAGAGGGGGAACUGGAGAAAGCCCUGGAGCUUUUCACAGAAGCCAUCAAGCUGAACCCACGGCUGGCCAUCCUGUACGCCAAGCGGGCCAGCGUGUAUAUCCAGAUGCAGAAGCCCAACGCCGCUGUGCGGGACUGCGACCGAGCGAUCGCCAUUAACCCUGACUCCGCCCAGCCCUACAAGUGGCGGGGGAAAGCACACAGGUUACUUGGCCACUGGGAGGAGGCUGCAAAGGACCUGGCCACAGCCUGCAAGCUGGACUAUGAUGAUGAUGCUAGCGCCAUGCUUAAGGAGGUUCAGCCCAAGGCCAUCAAAAUCAUGGAACACAGGCGCAAGUACGAACGGAAGAGAGAGGAGCGAGAGAUCAAGGCGAGAAAGGAGAGGGUGAAGAAAGCCAGGGAGGAACACGAGAGAGCACAGAGGGAAGAAGAAGCCAGACAGCAGUCUUCAGGUGGAGCUCAUGGGGGAUUCCCUGGCUUCCCAGGAGGCGCAGGUUUCCCCGGUGGGGCCCCUCCCUUCGGCAUGCAAGGCCUGGGAGAGCUCUUUAACGACCCGGAGGUGCUCACGGCCAUGAAGGACCCAGAGGUGAUGGCGGCGUUCCAGGACGUGGCCCAGAAUCCCGCCAACAUCGCCAAGUACCAGAGCAACCCCAAGAUCAUGGCUCUCAUCACCAAGUUGAGCUCCAAAUUCGGGGGUCCCCAGGCUUAGAAAGGAAGCUGGAGGAGGAGAGGUGGGGGUGGAAGGUUGUCAGAAGAGAUUUGGAGGAUGAGGAAAUUACAUUGGGAUUAUCCAGAUGUCCACAUUUUAUAUUUAGCGAGGAGCUAGGGUGGAAUGUGAGGGGUGCAGACAGAGUGAGAGUAUGUGUGUGUCUGCGUGUGUGUCGUGUUAAGACGAGAGGUACAACAGAUGGGGCAAGAAGGUGAGGAGAGGAUAAGUGUUUGACAGUUGAGAUGGUGGCUACUUCUGACUGGGGGUGGGCAGGUGGGGGGGGGGGUGCACUGUUGACUCCUACAUGCACUUAAUGGGGCCAAUACGUACACAAUUAGCAUUCAUAGAAGCAUAACACUGAAUGGUAAUUUAUUGAGGGAGUCCAUACUUGGCUUUUCAGGACUCCUUAUUCAGAAGCUCAAGCUUCUUCCUUUUAGGGCUACUCCUAUAUACAAAGGGUUAGUAAAAGUGUACCCAUAAACGCCCAAUGAACAGCGUGACACUGUUAGCCACCAGAACAGACACAUUUAAAACCAUUAAACAGGGCUGUUGCUUGUAUCCAAGGGCAAAUGCCAUCAUAAACUAGAAGGAAGUUACGUUUUUUUUUUCAGGGGUAGAAACUCGGGGGAUUCUCAUUAACUGCUCUCCCUCAGAUUUCUAAUGUUUCAUUCUCCUUUACCGUAACAUGUCUGUGACUCGUCUGUAUUUCUCUUCUAAAAAAGAAAAGUACAACAACAAAAAAACUAAAUCGACAGAAAAAAUUAUUUUCUUCUACUUUGGGUUUUGGAAUCAAAUGGCAAAACCAUGCCUAAUUAAAUAAAUGUUUUUGUUGCAAA